AUGGCUACUAACGAGGAUCACCCACAUGAUGAUUCUGGACAUGAUGGAGAUAAGCACGUUAAUAAAACGGAAAUGGAAAUUAGACGAGGAAUAACAAUAAUGAAGAGAAUCAUUCGAGAUAGAGAUCGUGGCAUGAAGUAUGAUGUGCAUUGGAGUCAAGAAGGCCAACUAAUUGAGCCUAACGGUUCAACGUUGACGAGUUAUCUUGGUUCGGUGGUAAGGAGAGAAAUUCCAAUAACUUGUGAAGAUUGGAGAUCAAUAGUGUUGGACGAUGCUAAAGAUAAAAUACGGAGUGAGAUACAGAGGUCGUUCAACAUUGAGGAUACCAGGAGAGAUUAUAUACUCAAAUUGGCCGGAAAAUUACAUAGAGGGUUUAGAGAUUUUUUAUCAAACAAGCUUCUUAGGGAUGCAGAUAAAAUUUUUGUUGAUGCAGAGCUUCCAAAUAAAUAUAAAGAUUUGAUUACACCUGAAGAAUGA